CGUAGUUAUUGAAAGUACUAUUGAAAAUUGAUAGAAACAUACACUAUUUUCUUUCAGUGGGUAAUUCGUAGUUGAAUCUUAAUUGGCAUUUGGUUGGGCAGUUGGGACAGCCAUUUCUGCUCUCAUCUCUACGAAAACAUGAAGUUCGGGAAGGAACUGGCUUCCCAGAAGGUUCAGGAAUGGGGGGAAGCAUACAUGGAUUACAACUCUCUAAAGGGAGUUCUGAAAGAUAUCUCCAGAUUCCGGCGACGGAAUGCGGCGGCGCAAUCAUCUGUUCCGGCGGCGGCGACGGCGACGCGGAAGAAUUCGUUGAAGAGAAGGCUGUCAAUGUACCGAGCUUUCAGCGGAUUGACGAAUCGAUUGAGCAGCCCGAGAGGCGGUACUCCGAGGAGCGAUCAUGAAGAUGAAGUUAUACUGGUGAAUGCUGUGGAGCAGGAAGGGAUUGGAGGGGAGCAGUAUCAAACAAUGUUCCUUAUGUCGUCGGAAGCGGGAGGAGAAUACGAGCUGGUGUUCUUCAGACGGCUUGACGAUGAGUUCAAUAAAGUUGUAAGGUUUUACAGAGAAAAGGUGGAGGAAGUGAGGAAGGAAGCGGAUGAGCUAAGCAAGCAAAUGGAUGCACUUAUAGCUCUCCGGAUAGUCGUAGAGAAGCCUCCAGUGGAUAUCAAUGCCGACCAGACAAGAGAUUCUGCAGCCAUUGAAGCUAAUAAGUCACAUAUGGAUGCAAUACAAGAAAUUGAGAUGAGCGGUGAAGAGGUUGGAGAAGAUGAUGGUGGAACAUCUGCAGGAACUGCGACAAUGGCUGAUCAGAACACAAGGAUUAUUGAAGAGAAGACUAACAACUUCACAGAUUUCAGGCCUGCUCCGUUACACGUGUUGUACGAUGUAAGAGUCAACAUCCAACCUGAAACUCCCAUCUCCACUUUGAAGAACAUUUUGAAGGCAUCAAAUUCUGAACUCAAAUACAGCCGGGCCGAGCUAAGGAAGGCUGAAGAAAGAUUGAGAAAGGCAUUCAUGGAGUUCUAUAGAAAGCUUAGACUUCUCAAGAGUUACUGUUUCUUGAACACAUUGGCAUUUUCCAAGAUCAUGAAGAAAUAUGACAAGAUCACUUCAAGGAAAGCUUCAAGGUCAUACCUAGAGAUGGUUGAUAAGUCUUAUCUUGGAAGCUCAGAUGAGGUUAGUAGACUCAUGGAAAGAACAGAAGCCACAUUCAUAAAGCACUUUGCCAAUGGAAAUAGAAGGAAAGGAAUGAGUGUUUUAAGGCCUCAUGUGAAGCGCGAGAAGCACAGAAUCACAUUUUUUCUUGGCUUGUUCUCGGGCUGUUCAAUAGCAUUAAUUGUAGCUAUUAUUGUUUCUAUACGUGCUAGAAAUCUUCUUCAACACCAAGGGAGUAAUCAGUUUAUGGAAAAUAUAUUCCCACUUUACAGUUUAUUUGGAUUCAUUGUCUUACAUAUGCUCAUGUAUGCUGGGGACAUAUACUUCUGGAGGCGAUACCGCAUAAAUUACCCCUUUAUAUUUGGCUUCAAGCAAGGAACAGAACUUGGUUAUCGAGAAGUUCUCCUCCUUGCUUCAGGCAUUUUUGUACUUGCUUUGGCUGCUGUUCUCUCGCACUUGGAUAUGGAAAUGGACCCUGUAACAAGAACUUAUAAGGUGCUCACCGAGUCAGUUCCAUUGAUCCUGAUUUCUGUUCUGCUAAUAAUAACAUUCUGCCCUCUCAACAUCGUGUAUCGAUCAAGUCGUUUCUUCCUCAUCAGAUGCGCCUGGCACUGCAUCUGUGCUCCUCUUUUUAAAGUGACCCUGCCUGAUUUUUUCUUGGCAGAUCAACUUACCAGCCAGGUUCAGGCCAUCAGGAGCUUUGAAUUCUACAUCUGUUACUAUGGAUGGGGAAACUUCAGACAAAGAUUAAACAAAUGUCAGGACAGUGAUGUGUAUCAAAUCUUUUAUAUAAUUGUAGCAGCAAUCCCAUUCGUUGUUCGGUUACUUCAGUGCCUUCGUCGCUUGUUCGAGGAGAAAGACAAUAGCCAAGGGCUGAAUGGUCUCAAGUACUUCACAACAGUGGCUGCACUGGUGCUAAGAACACUGUAUGAGCUAAAGAAAGGAACAACUCUGAAAGUCCUGGCAGCAGUCUUUUCAGGGAUCACGACCAUCACCAAUACGUACUGGGACAUUGUUAGAGAUUGGGGUCUGUUGCAGAGGAACUCCAAGAACCCUUGGUUGAGGGACAAGCUCCUUGUUCCAAACAAGGCUGUCUACUUUGUUGCAAUUAGGAACUCCAAGAACCCUUGGUUGAGGGACAAGCUCCUUGUUCCAAACAAGGCUGUCUACUUUGUUGCAAUUGUGGUGAACAUCAUUUUGAGGCUGGUGGUGAACAUCAUUUUGAGGCUGGUAUGGAUGCAAAUGAUUCUGGGUUUUAAAGUUCCAUUCCUCCAUAGGAAAGCCAUGACUGCCGUUGUUGCCUGUCUGGAAAUCAUCCGCCGCGGCAUUUGGAACUUUUUCAGGUUGAAGCUGCAUAUGUUUCUGGUUAGUAGACUCAUGGAAAGAACAGAAGCCACAUUCAUAAAGCACUUUGCCAAUGGAAAUAGAAGGAAAGGAAUGAGUGUCUUAAGGCCUCAUGUGAAGCGCGAGAAGCACAGAAUCACAUUUUUUCUUGGCUUGUUCUCAGGCUGUUCGAUAGCAUUAAUUGCAGCUAUUAUUGUUUUGGUACGUGUUAGAAAUCUUCUUCAACACAAGGAGAGUGAUCAGUUUAUGGAAAAUAUAUUCCCACUUUACAGUUUAUUCGGAUUCAUUGUCCUACAUAUGCUCAUAUAUGCUGGGGACAUAUACUUUUGGAGGCGUUACCGCAUAAAUUACCCCUUUAUAUUUGGCUUCAAGCAAGGAUCAGAACUCGGGUAUCGAGAAGUUCUCCUCCUUGCAUCAGGCAUUUUUGUACUUGCUUUGGCUGCUGUUCUCUCGCACUUAGAUAUAGAAAUGGACCCUGUAACAAGAAGUUAUAAUGUGCUCACCGAGUCGGUUCCAUUGAUCCUGAUUUCUGUUCUGCUAAUAAUAACAUUCUGCCCUCUGAACAUUGUGUAUCGAUCAAGUCGUUUCUUCCUCAUCAGAUGCGCCUGGCACUGCAUCUGUGCUCCUCUUUUUAAAGUGACCCUGCCUGAUUUUUUCUUGGCAGAUCAACUUACCAGCCAGGUUCAGGCCAUCAGGAGCUUUGAAUUCUACAUCUGUUACUAUGGAUGGGGAAACUCCAGAGAAAGAUUAAAAAAAUGUCAGGAAAGUGAUGUGUAUGAAAUCUUUUAUAUAAUUGUAGCAGCAAUCCCAUUCGUUGUUCGGUUACUUCAGUGCCUUCGUCGCUUGUUCGAGGAGAAAGAUAAUAGCCAAGGGCUGAAUGGGCUCAAGUACUUCACAACAGUGGCUGCACUGGUGCUAAGAACACUGUUUGAGCUAAAGAAUGGAACAACCCUGACAGUUCUGGCAACAACCUUUUCAGGGAUCACGACCAUCGCCAAUACGUACUGGGACAUCGUAAUAGAUUGGGGUCUGUUGCAGAGGAACUCCAAGAACCCUUGGUUGAGGGACAAGCUCCUUGUUCCAAACAAGGCUGUCUACUUUGUUGCAAUUGUGGUGAACAUCAUUUUGAGGCUGGUAUGGAUGCAAAUGAUUCUGGGUUUUAAAGUUCCAUUCCUCCAUAGGAAAGCCAUGACUGCCGUUGUUGCCUGUCUGGAAAUCAUCCGCCGCGGCAUUUGGAACUUUUUCAGGUUGGAGAAUGAGCAUCUGAAUAACGUUGGAAAAUAUCGAGCGUUCAAGUCUGUGCCAUUGCCAUUUAACCAUGAAGUGGACAGGAGCAUGUAGCGCUUCACAAAUGACAAUGCCUUUUUUGCCUUAUUUGUAUCUCUUUUUUUUGUUUUCGGAAUUC